AUGUCAACACCAAGAGCAUCUACAGAUCGCCCCGCGAGCGAGACAGCCUCCAUACUCAACGCAAGCACCGACAGCUCCUCCGCCGAACUGACGGCCGUAGUGGACGACCUGUUGAACCAACUCAACACCAAGUUCAGCUCCGUGAGUAGCGAGCUGUUAUCCAAAAUGGACGACAUGUCUCGUCGGCUCGAUAAUCUCGAGGCAACUAUUCAGGGCGGCGACGGCGGCAAGGGUUCUGGAUCGGGGAAGUGA